CUGAGGACUCCCAACGCCACCCAUCGCCUCCCCCCACGAGCUCCUCAGAUCCUCAAAGAGGGAGGCAACUGGGAACAGCAAGUGCGAGGUGGAAAGGAACGAGAGAAAGUCCAAAGCAAAAAGUAGCCAGUUUGGGAGAAAGGGUCAAUAAAGAAAGAGGCAGUCCAUGCUCGGAGACCGGGCAGUGAGAGAGAGAGAGAGAAAGGAAGAGGAAGAGGCUGCUCUCUCCCUCCCAAGCGCGCUACUCUCGAGAAGCGCUCUCUCUCUCUCUCUCUCUCUCUCUCUUGAUCUCUGUUGUUGCUCCUGUUGCUAAUCCUCGGCUCCACAAAUCAAAGCAAAAACACAUGCUUCUUGAUGCCAUGAACUCUUAGGACGCCACCUUAUCUCCUUGUUUCCUUCCUCUCCUCGUAAUCCUCCUCUUGUAUUCUUGGCACCCCAAGCAAGCAGAUAGAAGAAGAAGAAGAAGAGGAGGAGGAGAAGAAGAAAGGAGGACGAGAUGAUUACGGGUGCAGACUUCUACCAUGUGAUGACGGCGGUGGUGCCGCUGUACGUGGCGAUGAUACUGGCGUAUGGGUCGGUGAAGUGGUGGAAGAUCUUCACGCCGGACCAGUGCUCCGGGAUCAACCGCUUCGUGGCGCUCUUCGCGGUGCCGCUCCUCUCCUUCCACUUCAUCUCCACUAACAACCCAUACGAGAUGAACAUGCGGUUCAUCGCCGCGGACACGCUGCAGAAGCUGAUGGUGCUCGCCAUGCUCGCCGCCUGGAACAGGCUCAGCCGCCGUGGCUCCCUCGAGUGGACCAUCACCAUCUUCUCCCUGUCCACGUUGCCCAACACCCUCGUCAUGGGCAUCCCGCUGCUUAAGGGCAUGUACGGCAGCUACUCCGGCAGCCUUAUGGUCCAGAUCGUGGUGCUGCAGUGCAUCAUCUGGUACACGCUCAUGCUGUUCCUGUUCGAGUACCGCGCCGCUCGGAUCCUGAUCACGGAGCAGUUCCCGGACACUGCCGGCGCCAUCGCGUCCAUCACCGUGGAUUCCGACGUCACGUCGCUCGAUGGGCACGGCGACAUGCUGGAGACGGAGGCCGAAGUCAAGGAGGACGGCAAGCUCCACGUCACGGUGCGGCGGUCCAACGCGUCGCGGUCGGACUUGUACUCGCGGCGGUCCAUGGGGUUCUCCGCCACCACCCCCCGUCCCUCCAACCUCACCAACGCCGAGAUCUACUCGCUGCAGUCGUCGAGGAACCCCACGCCCCGGGGUUCCAGCUUCAACCACACCGACUUCUACUCUAUGGUCGGGCGGAGCUCCAACUUCGGCGCCGCCGACGUCUAUGGGACGAAAGGCGCCACCACGCCGCGGCCCUCCAACUACGAGGAGGAGCAUGGAGUGGCCAAUGCCACCGCAACGGCCACUGCCGGCAAUGCGGUUGCCAAGUCCAAGAUCAGUUACCAAUUGCCGGCGACGGCAGGUACGCCGCACUACCCAGCUCCGAAUCCCUCAGUGUUCACCCCGGCGGCGCCUACCGCUCCCAAGGGGACGGCGGCGGAGGUGGCGACGGGGUCCAAAAAGGCCAACGGGCAAGCACCCGUGUUCAAGGCGGAGGAUGGUGGGACUAAGGAUCUUCACAUGUUCGUGUGGAGCUCAAGCGCUUCACCGGUCUCCGACGUGUUCGUCGGCAGUAACAACCACCACCACGAGUACGGCUUUCCGUCCGUCGUUCCUUCGGCUCUUAAAGAAGUCCGGGUGGCCGUUUCGCCUGGCAGAAUGGAGGGGCGGAAGGAGAACCCGGCGGACUGCUUGGAGAGGGACGACUUCAGCUUCGGAAACAAAGGAGACGGCUGCGGGCACGACGCCGUCGACGACAAGGUCCAGGGACCAGCCAAGGCCGGGCUCACGCGGGUGACGACGAUGCCACCGACGAGCGUCAUGACGAGGCUCAUCCUGAUCAUGGUGUGGAGGAAGCUGAUCCGCAACCCCAACACCUACUCCAGCCUCAUCGGCGUCGUCUGGUCUCUCAUCUCCUUCAAAUGGCAAGUUAACAUGCCCGACAUUGUAUCGGGCUCCAUCUCCAUCUUGUCGGACGCAGGCCUCGGAAUGGCCAUGUUCAGCCUGGGGCUGUUCAUGGCGCUGCAGCCGAGGAUCAUAGCAUGUGGGAAUUCGGUGGCAGCUUUUGCCAUGGCCGUGAGAUUCCUAACAGGCCCAGCUGUCAUGGCCGCCGCCUCCAUUGCCGUGGGUCUCCGCGGCGUCCUCCUCCGCAUCGCCAUCGUGCAGGCGUCACUCCCGCAAGGCAUCGUCCCUUUCGUGUUUGCGAAGGAGUACAAUUUGCAUCCCGAUAUCCUCAGCACAGCGGUGAUAUUUGGGAUGCUGAUUGCGCUGCCAAUCACGCUGGUGUACUACAUCUUACUGGGGCUCUGAUCUGCAGAGUGGGUAAUCUUUCUUACUAUAGGAAUUGGCAGCAAAAGGCAAGAGAAGAUUAACGAAGCAACCCAAAAUCUAACUCCGAAUCGGACCAGAUGCGAUUCUUCUUUCUUUGGAGAUAUGAUGAUGUCACAAAAUGAUGUGCUAUUUCAAUCUGAGCUGCUCUUUCUGUUCUCUUGUUCUGUACUCGCCUUAGUUUUCGUUCCGAAUACCUGUCAAUUACAGAGGAAGGGUUAAAA